AGGAACUAACUGCUUUCCAGAAGACAGAAUGAAUAAAUCCUCUUGUCCUCGUGUUGACUUUGACUUUGCAGGCAGAUUUCUGCCUCCUGUUUUCAUUUUAGUCUUCAUCAUUGGUCUGGUAGCCAAUGGAUGGGGAUUGAAGUCUUUGCUGCAAAACUGGAAGAAGCUAAAGAUCAUCAAUGUUUUUGUUCUCAACCUUGGACUAGCAGAUAUUCUGUAUCUCUUAACACUCCCAUUUUUGAUGGUGUACUACAUUAAGACAGAGAAUUGGAUCUUUGGAGAUACAUUCUGCAAGAUAACAAGAUUCUGCUUCAAUCUGAAUUUAUAUGGCAGCAUCGGGUUCCUGACUUGUAUAAGUGUGUACAGGUACAUGGCUAUUGUCCAUCCAGUGAGAAUGAUGGGAAGAUCAACUCUGACUCACUCUGUGGGGAUCUCAGUCAUGGUUUGGUUCUUUGUGAGUGUUCAAAGUCUUCCAGACAUGUUCUACAGCAAGACAUUUGGAAACAAGCCUGGGAAAUGUUAUGAUACCACCAGUAAAAUCUAUGUUGAGGAUUACCUGAAAUACAGCCUUGGAUGGACACUCACUGGGUUUUGCAUCCCAUUCCUCAUCACACUGGGCUGCUAUGGACAUGUGAUUGUCGUUCUCUGCCGCACAAAUGCCACUGACACGGUACUGAAACAGAGAAGCUUGAAGUUGUUGCUCAUCUUGAUUCUUCUCUUCUCUGUUUGCUACAUCCCCUAUCAUGUACUGAAGAACCUCAAUCUCUGGUCAAGAGUUCUGUCCAAACAGAUGAUAUGCCUUGAAUGGUCCAAUGGAGUCUACAUUGCUAAACAGAUAAGUCGUGGCCUUGUGUGUCUGAACAGUGCUCUCAACCCUCUGGUUUACCUCCAUGGAAGUGAAGAUAUUCCUGCUCAGCUCGGACUACUACUCCAGCGAGCUCGUCGGAUGUCCAGCCGUCUGUCUCCGUCAAGCUCUGCUAGUGUGGCCAUGGCUCAGAUCACAGAUGAAGCUUAACACAAGAACAACGUGUGUAACAGUAAAAUAUUAAACAUUAUACUGUAUAAUAUCUGUAUAUGUAUAAUUGUCUUUCUAAUACUAAUUGCCAGAUCUACAGUAUAUUAAGUUGCGUUAUGCGGUUUCGAAGGAGGAAAUACUUCUUGUUUUUGAAUAAGGCUAUUAGUAUCGCUAUGUUAAUUGUUUUAUAUAAUUGUGUUGCUACCCUUGUCUUUUGUUACAGAUGGUUCUGCUUGAUCAUGAAACUCCAUAUGGAAAUGUGUUAUUUGUUUUUUAGAACUGCAUUUAAUUGUUUGUUAGACCACCACAGGUCAGUCGUGGGUAAUGUGACGUCAUCAUUUUAGUGUGACCGCCAACUUUGGGUCAACUUGGGCUACUUCAGUUCUUCCUUUAAUCAAAAAAGGAGGAACCACGGAGAUAUAGAAAUAUUAUGCAUCUGCCUGUUGUAUAAAAAAACACACAAUAUUUUGUUAGAUUUUUCACUGUGUAUGAGAUCCUUACUUCCUAUAGCUCUUACACUUCAGUGAGUCUAACAACCUGUCUAUAAUUAUGUGUCUUCUGCUGGUACAAUCCAGCGUUUCUGAAGAAUCUUAAGCACUGACGCCAGAAAGUUCAACUUUGGAAUUGGUUGUUGACCCUGAAGUUUAUCUCUGUUGAUGAAAACCCUGUUGGUGGUUGUCAGAUGUG